UCCGGAACGAGGUAGGUCCGGAGCGGAGGUUGACGUGACUCCUCUGGCCACACUGCAAACAAGAUGUCCGCGCCCCUGCGCAUGGUGCGCCUGCGUGUCCUGCGUUGUCAAAUUCCUCACGAAAAAGCGCGUUUCUGCCGUUGAUGUAAGCUCAACAGCGUUCAUCAUGAAGAGAAACCAGCUCCUCGUGCUCAGUGCUUCGGACAGUGACGCGGACUUUCUCGAAGUGCCAUUAUGCACGUUAAUUGUCUUAUACUCGUUUUCGAUCUGCGGCAUCGACGACAUCCAAGUGGUUCUUGUCGACGCGGCUCAAUCUCAACACGACAAGCAGCGUUCGUUCACGGUGCCAUACGACAUCCUGCAAAAACUUAACUGCACCGUAAUGGACAAAGAAGUCAUUCCUAAGCCCCUUUCAGAUUGUAAGCCGCCCGCCGUGUACUUAGCAGAUAAGAUAACUUGCAUCGGAGGGCUCGCCGGCGUACUGCGGUGGGCACUGUCCCACCGCGUCACUCGCACUGCGGAUCCUUUCUGCAAAGCUCUGCUAGGAUUUAGAGGCGGCUCCUUGGCCGCCUGCUCGGAGUCAUCUCUCUGGACGAACUUCUGCGAGAUCGAUAUAUACACAGCCGUGUUCAAACUUCGGGAUUUGAAAGUACUGGAGGAGCCCCGUGUUCAGCUCCCCGAGGAAUUGCUGCUUCUCGAAGCCCAUCUGCGACAGCCCGUAAAGACUCACAACAUCCGUCGAAGACAACAGCAAGUGCUCAAGGAUGCACGCAGGGCGGCUUUGUCACCGGACUCCAACAAGUGUCCAAACCCGAAGACUCUUCCGGAAUUGGAACAUCGAUACGUCGAGGGAUUUGACCGCACGCUGGCAGACGUGAUCCUCUUUCCCUGCGUUCACAUUUGCCUGACGGAACUCCGAUCCAGAGUUAGCCACGACGAACUCGUCUCCGCACUUCCGCUUACGGUGAAAUGGUACGAGCGCGUCGCGGCGGACGAGCGCUCUAAGCGAGCUUUGGACGCUUUGGGCCUGGCGCCGCUAAGCUCGGUUCAGCAGAAGCAGCGGAUGGCGAUCGAAGAGGCAGAACUGCCUCGCGACAGUCUCUACUCGACGCACCCGGACCGCACCAGACCCCGGAUUCGUCACAAGGAUCCGGCUCACAUCGUGCAGCGUCUUGAAAAGGCCGGGGUCGUUCCGAACCUGCAGCCCAACCCUGGGUCGGACUCUUUGCCGCUGCCCUGGCACACCUACCCGAGCCUGGUACAUCCGUCGGGUGGUGGGCUUCCCAGCGACAGGGCGAGCCGCAAGUGUCAGCAGAUCGAAAACCUAGUGGUGCUCGCGUUGCGGCGGACUUUCGACGGCUGCACAGUCGUAGACUUCUGCUCGGGUGGCGGGCACGUAGGAAUCGUGAUCGCCUACCUGCGACCCGACUGCAGGGUGGUGAUGAUCGAAAACAAGGAAGAAUCCAUGCGACGCGCUCGGGACAGGAUCUUGGCGUUGGGUUUGUGCAACGUCACCUUGUACCAGUGUAACAUGGACUACUACGUCGGGGACUUCGACGUUGGAGUCUCGCUCCACGCCUGUGGUGUGGCGACUGACCUGGUUUUGCGCAAGUGUAUCCAGAGGAGAGCAGCAUUCGUUUCCUGUCCUUGUUGCUACGGGGCUAUGAAAGGAAUGGCCGAGGUCAGCUAUCCCCUGAGUAGGGUCUUCAGGGAGGCUGGAAUGAGCGAGGAGGACUACGUUUUGCUAUGUCACUAUGCGGACAGGACGGAGCGGGACACUCCGACCUGUCAGCAGGGUCACCAUUGCAUGGGACUUGUGGACAGGGACAGAGCUUCAAGUGCGGAGGAGUUUGGGUACAGUGUCGUUUUGACUCGAAUGUGCCCCGCAGACUGCUCGCCCAAGGGCCUAGUGCUUUUGGGAACGUGGGAUAAGGCAAAAUAAAUUAUUAUGCACAUUAGCUUUUAAAAUAAAACCCCCAAACAAGAAAGAAAAAAAAAA